UAUAUAGGCAACACAUUGUUUCGGCGAAACCGCGUUCUUAGUUUCAGAGAAAGUUCGUCGGGGAAAUGUUCACGACCUCAUCAUAUCUCUACGAAUCAACCAGACUCUAUGAACCUUGUUGAUGGACAAUUUAAGGCGAUUGUUCUACGCUGUUUACUGUUUCUAACAGAACUCUUAGAGGUGUUAACGAUAACUGUCCUGGACAAAAUUUAACUGUUAAUCCAACAUCUUCUUUGUGCUUGGUUAGUAAAGCGCAAAGAACGCUUCAAAUUACAGGCAGUUUCUGUAUUUACGUGUAAAAAAACACCUUGAGUAACGCACUGAAUGCGAUGACAUAAUUGCUAUCUUGACACCCGUUACAUGGACCCUCUGCACGCUCAGUAUUUCACUGACUGUUACUCUGUAAGUAUGUCGAACUCCGUAAUUCUCUAUGGACUCUUAGCCAUAUUUCUUAUGGAAUUUUCAAAAUUAUCCGUGAUGGCUCAGAACGAUGGUGUUCUACACAAAAUAAAGGCUGGUUUGCAAUAUGCAAGUGACUACUUAAAAACCGCACGGCAAAUUGCCGAUCUUGUAUCGGCGAGUCUUGGUGAGAAAAAGGGUGAAGACGGAGAUGACGGACAUGACGAAACACGAGAUAGCGCCGGCACAAGUAGUUUGCUUUCCGCAUUUUUUCGCCUGCUCGGUUUGGAUUCUCAAAAGAUCGGUGCGAUCGCUAUCAACAGUGCUAUAUUCCUCGCUCAAAUGAUAAGCUCUUUAUUUGAAAUCAAACCAAAACUCGAACAGGGACGAAUGAUAAAUGACGAAGAGGAACCACUGGAUCCACUUAAGUUCAUACUGGAUAAUAAAAACGAACGGAUUCAGAAAUUAAUUGACCAGGCACAAGACACGAAUUUACCUGAUCAACUUAUGUACCGCAUGGACGGCUUGGACUCGUCCUGCAUCAGACUUCUGCUUUGUAAAACGUCACCAAUUAUUUGGGCAGUUCAAAAUUCAUUGAAAAACAACACCGAAAAUCCGUAUAAAGAAAAAAUUCAAAGUAUCACAUCCUGGCUUCCUUCGAGAGCAGAAUUUGAAGAAAACUCUGAUACCUGCGAGGAUAUACAUAGAGAUUGUAAUUUAUAUCCGGAAUCUUAGAAUCUACAAGGAGAAUAAAAUCCGUAUCUUGAGAAACAUUAACCCGAUUGAUAAAGUCAUUCGCAAAGAAUUUUGGAAACUGAUAUAUAACAUUCUUCAGCGUUUUUGAUUACGCAACAAUUCUAGAAGCGGAAGUAUUAAAUAUCUACAGAAGUUGCUGUAACGUUCGAAUGACAGUUUUAUACUAACGGUAAAGUAGGAAAUGAAAUACCGAUCGAGUCUACUUUUCCGAUUUCCAAGUGGCCUGUUUAGGGUCGAGUCUUUUGGAAUUUACCCGGGAUCGGCCUUUUACUCUGACCCAAAGACGUUAAGAGAAUGUGAUCGUACAGGAAUGUGAUCGUUAACUAAUUGGAAUUAUAAAAGAAUUUAACAGAAUUGGACUCCUACUGAUAAUAUGAUAAAUUUGAUCUUGAAUAAUGUUAUCUUUGUAGGUGCUGAAUGAAAUAAGAAUAGAAUUGGUAAUUUAUUAUGAAAAUAAAAAAUUAAUAAACUGUGGGAUAUUUUUAAAGAUUGAAUAUGUACAUAUCAUAAAUUCAACACAAUAAUAAUUCUAUAAAUCAAAAGCAACUUACGUUUAUUCGGCUUAUUCUCAGUAAGGCGUAUGAGAUUGACCAGUUGAGACUUUAAAUUCUGUACCUAGAAAAUUCUUGGAAUUGACUUAGAAUCUGAACUUGUACUCGGGAUUCGAACUUUGAUUUUGAACUUCAAUUUUUAUUCAGGCAAAUGGGCUACUGUGUCUUCUGAUUUUUUACUUCUAAUCCGCGACUGCUACUGUUUCGCCUAAUUUUUGGUCCUGUAGCCUAGAUAAGAUUCUCACUCUUUCUUUCAGAUGUCUUUGGUAGCUCCUUUUGAGAAAUGACCCAAUAAAAUAUUUAAGAGAGAAUGUCCUGCCAGCAAGGUAACACCUACAUUCGAAAUAUAAUUUCUCACGUAAAUUUCAAUUCGAUCCUAAGAGUGGCUCGUUUAGAAUUUUUUAUACUGAUUCUAACAUUAAUUUUUCGUAUCUUUACAUACCAGUUUAUAUAGCCCAAAUGCAUCACCUGAACAUAGUUUUACAAUAAGACUCAAAUGGAUGCGCUGUCUUCAGGUGGUGCAUUUUUACUGAAUAAAGGUAUAUACGCACCAUCUUGAAAUUGAAAUCGAUGGACAUCUGCAAAUCUUAUUAUAUCAUCAAUAUCCGCAAUUUCAUUUCUUGUGCAAAUUUUAAUUCGAUCGAAUUUGGAUUUUUGGAACGCACAGACGUAGAUCCU